UGAGGGUGGAGGAGGUAGGUGGCCAAGCGAGGCUAGCGCAGCGGGGCUUUCUUCCCGCGCGCAUUCCGGGCGGUGUGCGGGGCUCAGGCCACCGCCCGUGAGGCGGGGUCUGCGGGCGGGUGCGCCCUGGGGUGCGGGGGUCCGGCGCGGCCCAGGGCCUCGGUCCUCUCCCGGCGUGCGGGGGGGAUGGUGUCGGGCGCGACCGUUUCGCAGGGAGCGGGUUCUGUGGCGGCGCCCGAGCAGCCCGCGCCCCGCGCGCGCCGGGCCCCAGCCCAGCCUGCAGGUCCCACAACGCCAGCGCACUCGGAGACGGCGCCGGGGGAUGCGGGAGGCCGAAGCAAGGGCAGGUUUUUCCGUGUAUAAGUUAAAACCGAAGGAAACCCGAAGGAGCCCCACAUCCUGGAGCGCUUGAGCCACGCGCAGAGGAACGGGCGGCUCCAGGGACCGCGCCGCGGGGUCCUGGGGAAGAGCCCGGCUUUCCGAGGUUCGGCUGUUUCCAAAAUACCCUUGUCAGCGAUUUUCCAGCCGGCGUGGGGCCCCGUGCCCGCCACCGUUUUCGCUCCGUUUCCUCUCUGAGUCCGGCCCGAUCCGAGGCUGGAGCUGUCCUUUUCUGCGACCUCUCCUGGAGCUGGGGGGAGGGGGCUCGGAGCCCUAGGACUCGCGAAUGGCGGCGCCUGAGCUCCGGGCUCGGGGCGCCGGGCCCAGGCCGGGGCGGCCAUGCGUCGCCGCCCCGCUCCCUGCCUGGCUCGUGUUCCGCAGGCACCCAGGAGCCGCUCUCUGGCGGGCGGUGAGGCGCAGCGCGGCCUCUCCCCGCGAGCAAAGAACACAAAGAAAAGCUCCCUCCGACCUGGUAAGAAUCUCUGCGGCACAGACGAGCGACAAUAACCCACCUCCUUCCGCGUAAAAAGUCUAGCGGGCUAGUGGGGAAGGAUCAAUCCAGCCCGCGAUCCAUCCGCUGAAGGUGAAGAUUAAAAUUGCUGCUGGUAACCAAGCCCGCGUCCCGAGAAUCGAGAGCAACUCUUUCUUUCUCGACAAUUUUGGAAUUUCUUAUCGGUAAAAAGAAACCCCACAAAACAAAAGCAUAGCAUACACGGCUCCCCGGAGGCCGCCGGGAAGCCCCCCACCCCCCGCGCGCGCAGCCCCUGCGCCUUUGAAGCCGCAGGUUCCCGACCUCCCUCCCCUCCUUUCCCUUUGUCCCUCCCCGUGCCCCCCGGCCCCUAGCCCGGCGCGGGCAGCCCCUCCCUCCCCUGACCCCGGCGCGGGCAGCCCCCUCGCCCGGCGCUCCCCCGGCCCUGGAGGCCGGGCGCUUGCUCUGCAGGCCGGAGCGGCGGCAAGCCGAGUUAUUUGUUAGACCGGGGUAGAGAGCUGACGAUCCCCAGAGGGAGGAAGCCCCAAACCCCUUUGUAUAAAGUUGAGAGACAAAGAGAACUCUUUGUGUAGGUUCCGUUUAUUUACAAUGCAAAAGCUCUCCGAAUAAAUAUUAAAAAGCUUAUCAGCUGAGCAAAUAUGUAUUCACUUAAUACAUUAUGUUUUCGGUUGUAGAUUAAAUCAAACACAAAAUAGUCUGCAAAUAAGACGUGUAGAACCUGUAACAUUAAAUAUAGCAAUUUAAAAUGGUAUUCACAAAAUGGAAAACAUCUUAAUCGCUUUAUUGUCACGAUGGGACGGCUAAAAAAAAUCAGAAGACUCUGCAAAGUUCACAGUGAAGAAUAUUAAGCCUACCCAUCUCCCUGUUGUUAAGGUGAUAUCAAACAUUAAAACAAUGCAGAUUUAGGAAAUGAGGAGAAAUGUGUCGAAUGAAAGCUGUCCUCCACGCGGGCGCACAGCCGUCCAGUCUAUGUGUUGCUCCGCCGUUCCGCGCUCAGCGUCUGAAAUUACCCCCAAUUUCGCUUCCGAGUGGACUCUCGGCGUUGGGUGGGGGUGGAAGAGAAGGGAGGUGGGGGGCAUUAAGUGCCCAGCCAGGAGGUGGAGGUGGACGACGGAGGCCGGGGGUCUGCUGGGACCUGGGCAGCGGUGAAGGUUGCGCUGGGCCCGGGCACUUGUCCGCCUCCCCAGGGCCCAGCCCAGCGUCGCAAACCCCACGUCCCCCGGCCGUGCAGAGACAGGCCUCGGCUCGGCGACCCGGGGCAGGCGCUGAAGGGAGAAAUAAUGUGGCCGAUUUGGGGCGUUGAGAGAAAACAAUUUCUGACUUUCAAAUCGCCCCUCUCCAAACCUCCAAUCCUCAGAGGAAGAUCCUGGGCGAAUUUGACUGGGGGGCGGGGUGAUUGUUCCAGGCUCUCCAGGAAGCUCCCGGCUCCGGGACGGCCGACCGGGCACUGCGGCGUGGCGGCCCAGAGGAGCCAGCAGCCUUUCGCCGAGGCGCCCUCGCCGCAGGGAUCCGCGAAGGGGAAGCGUCGAGCUGUACGGCCGGGUUCCCUCAGGCUCCUCCGGGCGGAGCGUGGCCGGGACGACUAUGGACCCGCACGGCGGCCGCCGGCUCGGCACGCGGCCGCCCGCCGAGGAGACCAGUCCGCCGGCGUGCUGACCGGCCCCGCCGCCGCCGCCGCCAGUGACCCCGGACGCCGCCUCCUCCGCGCCUCCCGCGCGCCGUCCGCGCGCCGAGCCGCCCCCGGGCCCCGGCCGCGCUGCUCCCGGGAGGCGGCGGCGGGCCGGGGCCGGGGCCGGGGCCCGGCAUGGAUGGCCGCGACUUCGCACCGCCGCCGCAUCUGCUGUCGGACCGCGGGAGCCUGGGCCACCGCAGCGCCGCCGCUGCCGCGCGCCUCGCCCCGGCCGGGCCCGCUGCGCAGCCCCCGGCGCACUUCCAGCCCGGAAAGUACUUCCCGUCGCCGCUGCCCAUGGCUUCGCACACAGCCAGCAGCCGCCUGAUGGGGAACUCUCCGGCCUCCUCUUUCAUGGGCAGUUUCCUCACCAGCAGUCUGGGCUCAGCGGCCUCCGCGCAUCCCAGUGGCCCCAACCCCUCCCCCUCGGAUCAGGCCUACCGUGGCUCCCACCCCACCACCUCCCAGAUCUGGUUCUCCCACUCCCACGAAGCUCCAGGGUACCCCAGAUUUUCAGGGAGUCUGGCAUCUACCUUCCUACCCAUGAGCCACUUGGAUCACCAUGGAAACAGCAAUGUUCUCUAUGGGCAACAUCGUUUCUAUGGAACCCAAAAAGAUAACUUCUACCUGCGCAACCUGCCACCCCAGCCCACGCUCCUGCCCGCCAACCACAACUUCCCCAGCGUGGCCCGGGCCGCCCCCGGCCACCCCAUCGGCUCCUGCAGCCGCGACAGGGGCGAGGCCGGCCACCUGCAGAAGGGCACCAAGGAGUUCGACCGCUUCCUCAUGGGCAAAGAGAAAGCCGGCAAGGCGGCCGAGGGCAAGGAGCGGCCGGCGGUGGAGGAGGACGUCGUCAGGGGGCGGCACAAGCUGGUGCUGCCCGUACCGGGGGACUCGCACUGCAAGGAGGGUGGCGUGGCCCGGGGUGCCUGCGAGGGCCGCCCCAAACACCUGGCCUCCUGCCUUCUCAACACCAAGGUGCUCGACGGUGAGCUGGGCAGGUCCGCGCUGGCCAGCUGCGCGGGGGGUGUGCUGGGGCGGCCGGGUGUGGGCGUGCCGGCCUCCGGACGCUGCACCAAGGAGGCAGCUGGCCCCGUGGAGCCUGGGCCAGCCUUCGGCGAGUGCCUGGAGCGGAGGCAGCUGCUGCACCAUGCCGUGCCCUACACGGUGCCGUCUGGCCUGCCCGCCGGGCCGCCCCCACCCCUCAGCACGGCCGCCGGCUCCUUCCCCUGCCUGCAGCUGCAUGGGGGCCCGGAUGGGCUCUGCCCCCUGCAGGACAAAGUCCCCCGGGACCCGAAGGCCAGCGGGCCCACCUUCGUGCCUUCCGUGGGACACCUGGCCGACAAGAGCCGCCCGUUCCAGGUGGCCGAGGCCUGUGCCGUGGCGGGUGAGGGCAAGGACCGGCAUCUGGAUGGGGCUGCAGUGCCUGACCAUGCUGCGCUUUAUGGGGUCUCCUAUGCCCACCUGAAGGCCGAGGGCAAGGGCGAGCGGCGGCCCGGGAGCUUCGAGGCGGCCCUCAACCCCCGGCUGAAGGGCCUGGAGUACCUGGACAGCGCAGGCCCCGAGGCCCCCUUCCCAGGGCUCCCCAAAGCAGGUCUGGACAAAAGCGGCUACUUUGAGUUACCCGCCCCCUCACAGGACUGCGCCCGGCCAAGUCACCAGGACCCGUUGGGCGGGAAAGUCACCCAGGCCUGCUGCACUUUAGACAAGACUGCCAGCAAGGAGACCCCUGUGGGUGCCCCCGGGGCCCAGAAGGUGGCUCGUAUCCGGCAUCAGCAGCAGUCGGUGGCCCCCGAGGUAGAGCCGGGGGGCAGCGGGGCUGAGGCCAAGCGCAAGUCUCUGGAGCUGGCGUCUCUGGGCUAUGGCGGGCCGCCCCCGCACCCCUGGAGUGUCCAGUCGGGCCAGGGGGCCACCGUGGCCAUCAGCGAGGAGUGCAAGGCUGGCGCCUACCUGGACCCCUUUGGCGGCACCCUGCAGCAGGCCGCCCUCCUGCCUCAGGACCUGCCUGCCCCGCCUGACGAGGUCUCGGCCAUGAAGAACCUGCUCAAGUACAGCAACCAAGCACUGGUCGUCGGCCAGAAGGUGCCCUUCGUGGGCCUGGGGGGCCUGAAGGCCAGCUGUGCCCAGCAGGACGGGAAGUUCCCCGCCUCCAAGGGCACGGGCCAGGCUCCCGGCGACAUGGAAAGGCCCGACUGUGCCCGAAGCCGAGAGCACGACGCUCCGCAUGGCGAUGGGGAGGUGCGGCAGCCGCCUGUGGGCAUUGCGGUGGCCUUGGCCCGGCAGAAGGACACGGUGAGCCGGGCGGAGUCAGCCUACAGUGCCAACACAGGGCGGCAGGGCCGGGCAGCCCCCGCCUUCAAAGCUGGCGGUGGGCCCCGCUCCGCCCACGCUCUGGACCUGGAGGCCGAGGAGGAAAGGGUGCGUCUGUGCGAGGACCGCUUGGGGCUCGCCGGCCGUGAGCUGCUGCUGCAGGACAACAAGGACCUCGUGGAGUUCGCCCGGAUCCACCCGUCAAGCGGCUGCCCUGGAGACCUGGCCCCCCAUCUCAUGAUCGCCGGGGGCUCCUCCCUGCAGAGCAGCCAGCUGGGCGGGGACCCAGCCCCCCAUCCCCACCCUGCCCACCCCCCCUGGCUGCCCCGCACCCGCAGCCCCUCCCUAUGGAUGGGGGGACAUUCCUACGGCCUCGGGCACCCUGCCCUGCACCAGAACCUGCCCCCCGGCUUCCCUGCGUCCGUGCCUGGCUCCAUGCCCCCCGUCUUCCCCCUCUCCCAGGAUGCCCCCACACAGCUCGUCAUCCUGCCUCCUGAGCCCACGCCACACGCCGCCCCCCAUGCGCUUGCUGAUGUCAUGGACCAGGCUUCACUGUGGCCCCCCAUGUACGGGGGCCGGGGCCCUGCCUCCCACAUGCAGCACCCAGGCCAGCUCCCUGUCUACUCGCGGUCCCAGUUCCUACGGCAGCAGGAGCUCUACGCCCUGCAGCAGCAGCAGCAGCGGGCCGCUCAGGCUCUGGAGCAGCAGCGGGCCACCCAGUUCCAGCAGAAGCCUGAGGACCGCCACCUGGAGCUGGAGGAGCCCGCCCAGGAGAAGGCCUUGAAGUCCACCCACAAGCCAGUUGCCUUAACCCCCACGGCCAAGGGCACCCCCUCACCCGCCACCGCAGGCCCUGCCAAGCUGUCACCCUGCUGCCACUCUCCCGCCCCGAAGCCCCCCGCCGCCAGCUGCCCUACACCACCGCCGCAUCCUGGCGCCCCGUGCACUUUAUCCGUCUGCCCCACCGGCAGCCCCGGGCCAGGCUCCAAGCUGCCCAGCGCCGAGGAGAAGAGUGGGGAGGGCCAGCGGCCCGGAGCCGACCUCAACACGUUGGAACCAGACCUGCCUCCCGGAUACACGUGCCCUGCGGCGGGCUCGGGCUUCUCCCUGCCCCGCAUUGUGCACUCAUCUGACCUCUCGGACCCCGAAACUAUGCAAACCGCCCCGCCGGGGGCCCAGCCUGAGCUGGCCAGGACGUUCCCACCCGGGGAGCUGGGCCCACACAGCCCCCAGAACCUGGAGGAGCCUGGGCUGCCCUCAGGGGCCAGGGAGGCCACCCAGGACCUUGCCGCACACCCCAACCCUGCCGAGCGGGGACCCCCGGGGAAGGCAGCGGACCCCAGCCCACUGGAGGGGCUGCGAGAACUGCGGUGUGGGGCCCUCCUCGAGGGAGGGGGACCUGAGGCCACUGGCCAGGCUGAUUCUACUCAGGGAGGGGCCCAAGAGGAGAGGACCACAGAGGAGGGACGGGAGGAGGGAGAGCAGGGGCCCUCAUUGGGGGCCAGCCCCCAGGCCACAGAGCAGCCGGCAAGGAGCCUGGGUGCCCCGGAUCAGGCCACGCCGGGCGAGCAGCAGGCCCCUGCAGAAGCAGAGGCGGAGGAGGCGGCCAAGUUCAAGGAGGCCGAGCUGGAGGAGGAGGAGGAGGAGGACUGGGGGCUGACUCCCGAAAACAGCCAGCCGCCCAGGGAGCUGCCGGGUCUGGACGCCCUGGUGGCAGCCACCAUCAACCUGGGGGAUCUGCCCGCUGUCAGCCCACUGGACCCUCAGCCCCGCACUGUCCCUGGGCCACCCAGCACAGCUCCCCUGCCCCGUAGCUCAGGGAUUCAUGGCAUUGCCCUGCUCAGCGAGCUGGCCGACCUGGAAAUCCAGCAGCAGAGGACUGAGCCAGACCUACAAGAGGAGGAGGAUGUGCUAGCCUUCAACCUGCAGCGCCUGGCCACGCUGGCCUCAGCCUGGUCCCUGGUAGAGGCUGCUGGCCUGGACAGCCCCGCCUCCUUGGCCCAGCCCUCCACUGCCGACUACUGCAGGGCUCCCACGCUCACCCCCCGUAUGCAGAUCCUGCAGCGCAAGGACACCUGGACCCCCAAGACCAAGCCUGUAUGCCCACUGAAGGCUGCCAUCGACCGGCUGGACACACAGGAGGUAGAGAUGCGCGUGCAGCUGGCGGAGUUGCAGAGGCGCUACAAGGAGAAGCAGCGGGAGCUGGCCCGGCUGCAGCGCAGGCAUGACCAUGAGAGAGACGAGAGCUCGCGGAGCCCUGCUAGGCGAGGCCCCGGCCGGCCACGGAAGCGCAAAUACUCCAGCUUGCUGCCUGCCCUGCGACCCAGCGAAGGCAAGAAAGUCAAGGCAGUGCGGCCCAGCCUGAGCCUGCUGUGCACCGAGCUGCGGGGCGGCGAUGAGGAGCCCUCGAAGAAGCGAGGCCGGCUGGAGAAGGGCACCUACGUGGGCCUGCGACCCACAUCUGCGGAGAAGGUUCGGUGCAAGAAGAGCAGCGGCCAGGGCGACCUGGCAUCUGCAGUGGCCCACAAGGUGGCCCAGCUGAAGCCGAAGGUCAAGAGCAAGGGGCUGCCCACCAGCCUCAGCCCCUUCCGGCGGAAGGAGGCCACCCCAGGGGGUCGCAUCCGGAAGAAGCUGUCGCGAGCCAAGAGCGCCAAGGUGUCUGGGGCAGCCCGGCACCCACAGCCAGAUGGUGGUGUUGCUGGCAGGGAGACACCUAAGUUCGCAGCCCAGCCGGCAGCGGCCACAACACAUGAGGCAGGCAACGGCUCUGACAGUGAAAACUGCGAGGGUCUGUUGGAAACAGAGGCACCUCCCAAGGACCCCGGGCUGGCACUGCACGCUGGGGCCCGCGUGGCCGUGCUGGGGCCCUCGCCCUCCUCCGUGGUCAAGAUGGAGGCCAACCAGAAGGCUAAGAAGAAGAAGGAGAGGCAGGGCUUGCUAGGGGCCUGCCGCCUGUCCAGCCCCGAGAGUGAGGUCAAGGUCAAGAGGAGGACGGUGAAGGCCAAGGUGGGCGGCAAGCUGGAGCGGGCCCCGGGGCGCAGGCCCCCAGGUGGGCCCGGCAAGAAGAAAGCCAAGGGCAAGGCCAAGGGCAGCCUGCGGGCAGAGCCGGGGGCCACACCCGGCAGGGAAGCCCUCUGCAGCCCCACCCGGGCCUUCACCUGCCACGAGGAGGGCAGCAGGCUGGCCAGUGAGCGCCUCAAGAGAGCCACGCGCAAGAGCACGGUGCUCCAGCCAGGGCUGCGGCGGAAGAACGGGGCCCUGUCCAUCGCCCUGUCGCCCCGCAACGCCAAGGCCAUCCUGGGGAGGGGCAGGAAAGCGGGCAAGGUGAAAACCAAGGCUGCCGGCAAACAGGGCAAGGGCCGGGCGGUGAGCCGGCUGCUGGAGAGCUUCGCAGUGGAGGACGACUUUGAGUUUGAAGACAGCAGCAGCCUCUCAGAGGAGGAGGAGGCCAGGGGCCCCCUGAGCGCCGAGCAGAGCGCCGCCUUGGCACGCUCAUGCACCAUCCACAAGGAGGACCUACAGGACGGGCUGCCCGUGCUCAUCCCCAAAGAGGACAGUCUGCUAUACGCAGGCAGCGUCAGGACCCUGCAGCCCCCCGACAUCUACAGCAUCGUCAUCGAGGGUGAGAGAGGCAACCGGCAGAGGAUCUACUCACUGGAGCAGCUGCUGCAGGAGGCGGUUCUUGAUGUCCGGCCACAGUCCAGCAGGUACCUCCCGCCCGGCACGAGGGUCUGUGCCUACUGGAGCCAGAAGUCCCGCUGCCUGUACCCAGGCAGCGUAGUGCGAGGCGCCUCCAGUGAUGAGGAAGACGACCUGGACUCCGUGGUGGUGGAGUUUGACGAUGGGGACACCGGCCACAUCGCUGUCUCCAACAUCAGGCUGCUGCCUCCGGACUUCAAGAUCCAGUGCACAGAGCCCUCGCCAGCCCUGCUGGUGUCCAGCGGCUGCCGAAGGACCAAGAAAUCUUCCUGCGAGGCGCCCCCACCUGGUGAGGCCGCCGCUCCCAGCCUGUCUCCCAAGGCACACGAUGGCCCUGAAGCCUCAAAGACCCCCGGGAAGAAAUCCGCAGGCAAAGACAAAGCUGGCAAAGCGGAGCUCCUGGCCUCUGGUACCAAGCCCUCCGCGGGGGCCUCAGACCACUUCCUGGGCCGCCGGGGCAGCCCGCUGCUGAGCUGGUCCGCGGUGGCGCAGACCAAGCGGAAGGCGGUGGCCACGGCCGCAGCAGGUGGCAAGGGGCCGGGCGUGCUGCAGAACCUCUUCCAACUCAACGGCAGCGCCAGGAAGCUGCGGGCCCGCGAGGCGCUCUUCCCCGUCCACAGCGUGGCUGCUCCCGUGUUUGGCAACGGCUUCCGCGCCGACUCCUUCAGCAGCCUGGCCAGCUCCUACACUCCCUUUGUCGGCGGGGCCGGGCCCGGCCUGCCCGGGGGUGCCCACAAGCUGCUGCGGGCCAAGAAGGCCGAGCGGGCGGAGGCCGAGAAGGGCGGGCGGCGGCGGGCGGGCGGCGAGUUCCUGGUCAAGCUGGACCAUGAGGGCGUGACCUCCCCCAAGAGCAAGAACUGCAAGGCGCUGCACGCGGGUGACAAGGAUGUGGGGCCCAGGCCCGGGAGGCCCCUGCCCGGCCCCAGCUAUGGGCACCCGGCCCUUGUGGGCAAGGACAGGAAGGGGCGGUCGCCUGUCCACCCGCUGCCCAUGGGGCUGGCGCUGCGCAAGUUCGCAGGCCAGGCCGAGUACCCGCUGCCCUGCGACAGUGACUGCCACAGCUCCUACUCGGACGAGGAGGAGGACGGGCCUGGCCUGGCCCCCGGCGUGCCCUCCCGCUUCCUCGCCCGCCUUUCCGUGUCCUCCUCCUCCUCGGGCUCAUCCACCUCCUCCUCCUCUGGCUCCCUGUCCACCUCCAGCCUCUGCUCCUCGGAUGACGAGGGCUCCUCCUACAGCUCAGACGAGGAGGACCCAGCCCUGCUGCUGCAGACCUGCCUCACCCACCCGGUGCCCGCCCUCCUGGCCCAGCCCGAGGCCCUGCGCUCCAAGGGGGCUGGCCCACACCCGCACGCCCAGCGCUGCUUCCUGUCCAGGGCCGCGGUGGCCGGUGGGGGCGUGGGCGCGGGCCCCAGCAGUGGCAGACCCAGGCUCAAGCGCAAGGAGGCCCUGAGCUUCUCCAAAGCCAAAGAGCUGUCCCGGAGGCAGCGGCUGCCCUCCGUGGAAAACCGGCCAAAGAUCUCAGCCUUCCUGCCUGCCCGGCAGCUCUGGAAGUGGUCGGGGAACCCCACACAGAGACGCGGCAUGAAGGGGAAGGCCAGGAAGCUGUUCUACAAGGCCAUCGUCCGGGGCAAGGAGACGCUUCGCAUCGGGGACUGUGCCGUCUUCCUGUCAGCUGGGCGGCCCAACCUGCCCUACAUCGGCCGCAUUGAGAGCAUGUGGGAGUCGUGGGGCAGCAACAUGGUGGUGAAGGUCAAGUGGUUCUACCACCCAGAGGAGACCAAGCUGGGGAAGCGGCAGAGCGACGGGAAGCAGAACGCGCUGUACCAGUCCUGCCACGAGGAUGAGAACGACGUGCAGACCAUCUCCCACAAGUGCCAGGUAGUGGGGCGCGAGCAGUAUGAGCAGAUGACGCGGAGCCGCAAGUGCCAGGACCGGCGGGACCUCUACUACCUGGCGGGCACCUACGACCCCACCACCGGGCGCCUGGUGACGGCCGAUGGUGUGCCCAUCCUGUGCUGAGCCUGCACAGACCGGCUGCAGGUGACCCACCUGCCCCGCCAUGCCCAGUGCCAGAGCCACAGGGACGUGAGGACGUGAGGACCCAGCCCCAUGCCUCCGAGCGGGAGGCUGGCCCACACCUCGGAGGGGCAGGUCUGAGCAAAUAUGCAAACCCACCAAGGCAAGAUCCAGGCUUUUUUAUUAUUUUCCCUGGAAGGAGAGAGAGCUUUUGGGCAUCAGAACCCAGUUCAUCCGUCUGCUGCGGAGGGUCAGCUGUGCCCCGACUGGGACCUACCGGCCCUCUCUGUUUUCCCACAUCGGCAGUUCACGAGAGAUUAGAAUCCAAGCCAUAUUUUCCCUAGUACCUCCGACUGUCUCCCACCAGGGAAAGCAGAAAUCAGGUGUGUUGUCUAUUUAUUUCUCUAUGUAAAUAUUGUAUUUCUGCGGGAAAGUUUUAUGGAAAAAAAGCCGAAAAGGAUUUUUUUUUCCUCACAUGCGUAACGAGGGUAUGCGUGCGUGAGUGUGUGUGUGUGUGUCUGUGUGUGUGUGUGUGUGUGUGUGUGUGUGUGUGUGUAGAGAUUUUGUUCUUGGGGGGGUGUGGGUUUCUUUGAAAAUGCACUGUUUUCCUCAGCCUAGCUGAGUUCCAACUGGGGCGUCUGUGACGACAGAGGCAGCUGGGGGUGGGGGCAGGGGGGCCGGAGGGCACAGGAGAGGUCAGACAGGACCCUAGGUUACACCUGUUGAUAUCUUGGGGGGACUGUCUAAUAUGGAAGUCACACUCAAGUUUAUUUCCUUUUAAUUCAUCUCCUGGGAAGAAAAGGAUUGGGGGGCGGGCUUGACGAUAAGGGUCCCUCGGGGAGAGAAGGGAUACCAGAGCAGGCUCCCCAGCCCGAGAGUGUGACGGCAGCCAUAUGUGUAUCUUACCUCUGUUUAAAACAAAGCAAAAAUGAACAAAUAUUUUAAACUAUCGAUAAGAAAAAGUGAUGUUUUGAUUUUAUUUCCUGAAUGUUCCAAGUUAUUUCUGAUUUCCAUCUCAAUGGCCAGCUUGUCCAGCCUUCACUCAGAGCAAGGAAGGAACUGGCCCCCGCCAACUCAUGUGGAGGUUUCUGGGACUUUUCUGCGGCCACUUGGCAGGGCCACUGGCCUGGCAGGGUAGUGCUUGGGGCACAGAGCAGGGUUCCGUCCUGCCUACAACCCAGCCUCAGGUGCACGGAGCAGCCCUCUGCCCAGCGCCCUGGCUACCAUUGUGCCGUGUGGGUGUCCCAGACCCUCAGCACCACCCCCGUAACCCUGGAGAACUCAUCACACCUCCACUUCUCCUGAGGCCAAGAGGGACAAGCAGGGCAAGCCAGACCCGUGGCCCAGCAGCCCUUGUCCCCGAAAAUACGCACUGAGGGCCACGUGCUCCCAUGUCUCACCAUACUAAGUCUCCCCUGGCCACAAUGGGAGCCCCAGGAAGGCCUCCCAAGUUAGCCACUGCUCCUUAGGACGGGCUCUUGUGUGACCCACAGGCACAGGCCAGGUACCUGGGAAAUAAGGGAUGUCAGUGGGUGCCCGGGCCCCUUUUUCUUUCCAACCAGGAAAUCACCCCUCCCCCGCUCCUGGUGGCUCCACGGGAAGUAUAGGGACAUGGAGGGAUUCCCCUGCACCGCAGCUUUCUUCUCCCACCCCAACUCUCCACUUUGUCUCGGCUCGAGUGCAAUAUUUCAUUCUGGUGGUCGUCCUGGAGAGGCGGCUGAGGUCCUGCUGGUGGCUGGGGAAGUGGCAAGAUGCUGUGGGGCAACGCGGCCAGUGCCAAGGCGUGUGUGGGGAAGCCCCAACCACAGAAAUUAGAACCUGAGGCUACUUCCAACCCCAAGCACCGAGGCAGGAGCGAACGAACAGGCAGCCUUUUCUUGGCCUCCCGCCCUCCCAUUGGUUCUUCUCCCUAGUCCAUGGACUUUUGUCCUUUGCUUUUCUCUUCCCAUCCCCCUCUGUCCGUGUGCGUGCGGACAGCGCGGCCCUUCCCACCAUGGUUAAACCUGGCAAAAGCACGACUCUUGUAAAUGUGUAAACUAAGAGGAUGGUUGAAUUUUUUUUUCAAUGUAAACACUAAAAACAAACAAAAAAAAUACAAAGGUUUUAUGAACAGCAAACUCUAUGUAAAGGCAUUUUAGUAUUAAAUUUUUUAUUGAUAACUUGCUUAAGAAUAAAUAUAUGAACUAUUGUGCAGGUU